AUGGGUUGUAUUCUUGGCAAGUCCACCGCCAGGGAUCGCCAGAGUCGUGGAGGAUCCUCCGACCGUGGCCGGAGCUCCGAUGAACCAUCCGUUACUGUCACCGAAACCGUUAACGCUGCAGUUAGGGUUAGGAGGGAGAAAACAACAACGAUAGCAAAAGCAUCAACGCAGAGGCAGAAGGCAGUACGACACACCGGCGAUUUUCCCGCGGCGGAUGUUCAGGGGACGGCCGAAAGGCGGAGGCCACGGCCGGAAGCUAGUCUGAAGUGUCAGCAAGGGUGGCCAUCGUGGCUAAUGGCGGUUGCCGGUGAUGCUAUCGGCGAUUGGACACCUCGCCGAGCUAAUUCAUUUGAGAAAAUUGAUAAGAUUGGGCAAGGGACAUAUAGCAAUGUGUAUAAAGCAAGGGAUUUAAUAACAGGAAAGAUAGUGGCUUUAAAGAAAGUGAGGUUUGAUAAUUUAGAGCCAGAGAGUGUUAAAUUUAUGGCAAGAGAGAUUCUUGUUUUACGAAGAUUAGAUCAUCCAAAUGUGCUGAAGCUUGAAGGGUUGGUUACUUCAAGAAUGUCUUGUAGUCUGUAUUUGGUUUUUGAGUACAUGGAACACGAUCUUGCAGGGCUGGCGGCACGCCAAGGUGUCAAGUUCACUGAGCCUCAGAUCAAGUGCUACAUGAAGCAGUUGUUAUCUGGGCUUGAGCAUUGCCACACCCAUGGUGUUCUGCACCGUUACUAUGACCAGUCGAGUCGUCACCCUCUGGUACCGCCCCCCGAACUUCUUCUUGGGGCCACUUAUUAUGGUGUUGGUGUGGACCUCUGGAGUGCUGGCUGCAUUUUGGCAGAGCUACUUGCUGGGAAGCCAAUAAUGCCUGGACGGACAGAGGUCGAACAACUGCACAAGAUAUUUAAGUUAUGUGGCUCCCCAUCCGAGGAAUAUUGGAAGAAAUCCAAAUUGCCAAAUGCAACACUUUUUAAACCACAACAGCCAUACAAACGAUAUCCUGAUGAUCGAGUCUCUGCCACUGCUGCUCUAAAUAGUGAAUUCUUCACCACUGAACCUUUUGCAUGUGAGCCAUCGAGUUUGCCUAAAUAUCCUCCCAGUAAAGAAUUGGAUGUGAAGUUGAGAGAUGAAGAAGCAAGAAGGCAAAGGGGCCUUAGUGGAAAAGCUAAUGCCGUUGAUGGUGCGAGAAAAGUAAGGAUUCGUGAUCGGGCUGGUCGGGCAAUCCCAGCUCCAGAGGCCAAUGCAGAGAAUCCAGCAAACCUAGAUAGAUGGAGAGCCAUGACACAAGCAAACGCUAAGAGCAAGAGUGAGAAAUUCCCACCUCCGCAUCAGGACGCAGCAGUUGGGCAUCCUAUGGAUGCAUCACAUAAAGGUGGCCCUGUUUCAUUUGGUACAUCAGAUACUUCCUUUAGUUCAUCAAUAUUCGAUUCAAAAUCCUCUAUUAAAAGUGCUGGAGCCAUUGGAGGUCCUUCCAGAAGAAGGAAAACCAAUAAAGAAGACCCCCAGGUGGCUCCAUCUCGGAGAUUUAUCCGUCCGUUUAAUCCAUCAUCAGUAGGCCUAUCAAUGAAUCUUUUAUUCAAGGGUAAAUCAGAGGUUUUUGGCAGUCGGAGGUAG